CUCCAUGCUCCUUCCAGCAGUCCUGAAAACUUAAAAAGCUUUGGUUUGCAGCUGAUCUAUAGCAAAAGUUUACCUAUGGCAGAGCAAUGUGGUGGAGGCUGGCUCAGCUCUGUCCCUUGAUCCUGUCCAUGUGCCCACUGGCUUUAACACCAGCCCAGGCCACAGCGUGCAGGGAGCUCCAGGCACUGCCUUCCCACGGAAGGAGCAGCAGAGAUGUUAAUUCUCCAGCUCCUGUUGACUGUCAGCUGAGCCAGUGGUCAGGAUGGACUGAUUGCUUCCCUUGCCAAGAGAAAAAACACCGGUACCGGCGGCUGGUGCAGCCAGCAGAGUUUGGAGGGCAACGCUGCGCGGGGCACCUCUGGGAUGAGCAAGCCUGUCGAGCUGAGACAACGUGCUCAGGGCCACCAGGGUGUGGGCAGGACUUCCAGUGCGAGGAAACAGGGCGCUGCAUUCAACGGCAUCUCGUGUGCAACGGAGACAGAGACUGCAGAGAUGGGUCUGAUGAGGAUAAUUGUGAGGAUGAAGAUAUUGAAAGCCCUUGUGAACAUCUGUUCCCAAUCCCAGGGGUGGAAAAAAUAGUCCAAGGAUACAACAUCCUGACACAGGAAGGGCGGCAGAACAUUUACGACCCCGGGUUUUUUGGGGGGCUCUGUGAGUACGUGUACAACGGGGAGUGGCGGGAGCUGCGGUACGACGCCGCCUGCGAGCGCCUGCACUACGGGGACGACGAGAAGUAUUUCCGCAAGCCUUACAACUUCCACGUGUACCAGUUCCUGGCUCAUGCUGAUUCUGGAUUUUCUUUUGAGUUUUACGACGAUUCAAAGGACCUGCUUGACGCCCUUAAAAGUGAUAAAUCCAAAACAACGGGCUUCACCAUUGGAAUUGGGCCUGGAGGUGCAACUCUCAUGUUAAACCUGGGCCUCACUUUAUCAGGUGGCAAAGGAUCCCUGAAGAAUUUCACACAGUAUGAUGCAAAGGAGGUUGGAUUCAUUAGAGCUGUGACCAAGGUGCAGACAGCCCGCUUCAAGAUGAGAAGGGACAACAUUGUUUUGGAUGAAGAUGUGCUGCUCUCCCUGCAGGACCUCCCAGACACCUACAACUAUGGCAUGUAUGCCAAAUUCAUCAACGACUACGGCACCCACUUCAUGACGUCCGGCACCAUGGGGGGUGUCUUUGAGUACAUCCUUGUCAUCAAUAAGGAGGAAAUGCGAAGAAAAGCCAUCAGCAUCGAGGAGAUAAGUGCCUGUGUUGGCCUGUCCCUUGGCAUUACAGCCAGCAAGGAGAACCUGGAUCUGGGUGUAACUCUGACACACUCUGACUGCAAACAGAAAGGACUCCUGAAUACUGAUGCUGAGAGCCACAGUGCAGUUGUGGAAGAUAUUAUUCCCCGGAUUAGAGGGGGAGAUACCAGUUACAGCGGAGGGCUCCUGAAGAGUUGGGAUGGCAAAAUGUAUCGUCACUGGGGCAGGUCAUUAAAAUAUAAUCCUGCUGUUAUUGAUUUCCAGCUGCAGCCCAUCCACGAAAUCCUCCGCAGGAGCAACCUCGGCCGCGUGGAGAGCAAAGGGCAGCACCUGAAGAGGGCUCUGGAUGAGUUCCUGCUGGAAUUCAGCCCCUGCCGCUGUGGGCCGUGCCUCAACAACGGGGAGCCCGUGCUGGUGGGUGACACCUGCUCCUGCCAGUGCCGCCCUGGCUACAGAGGACCCGCCUGCCAGCACACUGAGCGCCCAGGUGGUGAGACGGACGGGCGCUGGAGCUGCUGGUCGGGCUGGUCCCCGUGCCAGGCGGGGACGGCGCGGCGCAGCCGGCAGUGCUCCAACCCUGCCCCGCAGCACGGCGGGCAGCCCUGUGCUGGGAGAGACCUCCAGAGCAGAGCCUGCUGAAAGCACAAGGUGCCUGGGACGGGGUGGUUUGGAACCUGGGCUGGGCUGUAAAUACUCCAGGCGUGCGAUGGAAUUACCGCUGGGAGGAAUAAUUGACCGGUGAUGUGCUGGACUCAUUGUGUCAAACCUACAUGUGCUACAUGUGCUGGAUUCACUGUGUCAAACCUGACCAAGUGCUCCCAUGGUUUUGCCCCACCAGAUGUGAUGGGAGCCCCAUCGGUGCCCAGCACGGCUGCAGCAGCACAGGAGGUGGCACAAAAUCCACACCCAAAAGGAGGUGGAGCUGCUGGGUGACCACGGGGCUACAGCGUGUCAUGAAAUAAAUUCACUGCGAGUGUUUACACAACUGA